AUGCCCUCUAUAACAUCGAGACACAAUCAAAUUCUCAAGAGACUUACUAACACCAUUUAUCGCGGCUCUUACACAGUUGAUCAAACAGUUCCAGGUGCACCUGGUAAUAAUCAGCCAGAUUUAGUGGUUACGGAUGGUAAUGAAGUCACCAUAAUUGACGUUACAUGCCCAUAUGAGAAUGACGAGGAUACCCUUGUAUCUGCUGCGGAAAGGAAAGAAACAAACUACCAUUACCUAAUUGAUCAUUUCAGAUGCUUAAAUCUGCAAGGGAAAGUGUUCGGUUUUGUCGUGGGUCCACUUGGUGGUUGGUAUCCAGGAAAUGAGAAAGCCCUUGAUGAACUAUAUAUUAGCAAGCAUUAUGGAACUUUGUUUAGAAAACUCUGCUGUGCUGACUGUAUUAAAGGUUCAAGAAACAUUUAG